AUGGAGUCCUUCUCCUUCAAUGGGGAUUUCUCCAACAUCUUCUCCCUCUACAACUACACCUAUGACUACAGCACGGCCAUGCCCGACACAGCUAUCUCCUCUGCGCCGUGCCGGCCCGACAGCUCUGUCCUCAACAAAUACCUGGUGGUGGUGAUCUACUGCCUCGUCUUCAUCCUCAGCGUGGUGGGGAAUGCACUGGUGGUGCUGGUGGUGACCUCCAGCCACACCAACCGCUCUGUCACCGACGUCUACCUGCUCAAUCUGGCCGUGGCAGACCUGCUCUUUGCCUUCAGCCUGCCGCUCUGGGCCGCCUACCGAGCCCAUGAGUGGGUCUUCGGCACCGUGAUGUGCAAAGCCAUCUCUGUGCUGCAGGAGGCCAACUUCUACAGCGGCAUCCUGCUGUUGGCCUGCAUCAGCGUGGACCGCUACCUGGCCAUUGUCUAUGCCACCCGGGCUGCCACUGAGAAGAGGCACUGGGUGAAGUUUGUCUGCUUGGGCAUCUGGGUCUUCUCCGUGCUGCUUUCUCUGCCUGUGCUGCUCUUCCGUGAGGCUUUCACCUCGCCCAGCAACGGCACUGUGUGCUAUGAGCGCAUCGGCGGUGAGGACACGACCAAGUGGCGGGUGGUGCUGCGGAUCCUGCCGCAGACCUUCGGCUUUGCCCUGCCCCUCCUGGUGAUGCUCUUCUGCUACGGCGUCACCAUCCACACCCUCCUGCAGACCAAGAACACCCAGAAGCAGCGGGCCAUGAAGGUCAUCUUUGCCGUGGUGCUGGUCUUCCUCAUCUGCUGGCUGCCGUACAACAUCACGUUGGUGAGCGACACCCUCAUGAGGACGCGGGCCAUCGCUGAGACCUGCGAGAGAAGGAACCGCAUUGACACAGCCCUCUCCGUCACACAGGUCCUGGGCUUUGCCCACAGCUGCAUCAACCCCAUCAUCUAUGCCUUCAUUGGGCAGAAGUUUCGCAACAGCUUCCUCAAGAUCCUGGCACAGCGUGGGCUCAUCAGCAAGGAUGCUGUGGCCCGCUAUGGCCGCACCUCCUAUGCCUCUACAUCUGGCAACACUUCCACCACCCUCUGA